UCCCUGGGCUGCCUUCAGGGGGGAGGUUCUGCUGAGGAAAUUAAAGCUUCCCCCUUAACGGGUGCCUUGCGAGUUAUUUUGAGUUCCAACCUUCUGCCUUCCUUUUGUAGCAGUGCCUCUGAUGGGUGCGCUGUAAGGUAGGCGUCAUCUGGCGCGCUGCUCCUCCGUUUCCCAAAGGAACUGUCUUCAGGAUCUGACUAACUCUGGAUGCACCCGGUUGUCACCUUAAUUUCUCCUUUAGUUUGCUGAAAACAACCUAGUUGGGUGACCUUGGUGUUUGUUUCUUAAAAAAUGGAUCGAGGAGAUCUCUGUUUCCUUAUGCUGAUGUUCACGAUGAAAGUGCAGAAGGGAUGCUUACUGUUGCCCGGGUCAGUGCUGUUGCCAGGAUGGGAAUGUUUAACCUACCAGCCCUCUGGUGCUGUUAGGCUGCACUCGGAGUGUGAGCUCUGGGCCUUAUUCGAAAAUACGGCGUUUAUUUGAGUGUACAAACCCGAGAUAUUCUGCGGAUAGGUGAUUCUCAAACCACGUCAGAACCACCGCUGUGGCAUGUGCUGGAGUCGGACGCGCGUUUGACUGAUCAGACAGAGCAGGUGAAUUGAAUUUGUUGCUGGAUGGCGAGGUGUUCUGGGGGAAGAGCUAGUCUAAAGAAAACUUCCUCUUACUGCCCCUUCCCAUCUCAAAUGGCCACUGUCUGGGGAAAUUGGUUCUUUAUGAGAUUAACUACAACGUUACAGUGAGGAUGAGGAAUCAUCAUUACUCCCAUAGUUAUUUGCUGCCAGGCUGCAGCGUUGAUUUCAGAGAUUUUUUUUUUAAAAAAAAAAAAAAGAAAAAAGAAAAAAGGAAGUAUGUAUCUUUCACAUACUCUCUUUUUCCCGAGAGUAAAUGUUGUAGCUUCAGCAGUACCCUUCCUCUGGAAACGAUUCCCAGUGCCUGCUCAGACACUGGGGAGGAAAUGACAGAGAGAACAAUGGAGGAGAGCCACCCGAUAUAAAGGAAAAAGGGGUUAUGGAUUAAGGGAAAGCCACUACAUAAAAAAUUGGUGCUAUCUAAAAAUUGGUUAAGGGUUUGGGACCUGCAGGUGCUGCCUACACCUGUGUGUGUUGCAGUCGUGCCUGUUGCCACUGUGCAAAAUGGAGAGAGCUUCUUUGUCGAAUGCAGCAUGUUAAAGCAUGCGCCAUUGCCUGGAAGAAAAGCACGGCCUUCCCUCGUGUGGGACUUCUUCCCUAUUGAUCUGUGGUUUACCUGAAGGUUUACCAUAACCUGCGUAUGUUUCAAAAAAAAAAAAAACACAAAAAAAACCAACAACAACAUUAAAGACUGGCAAGGCAGAUCCUCAUCUGGGGACUCUGACUCAUCGGUGACAUCACCAAGCAAAGCACUGUGAGCGCUUCGGGUUGGGGCUGCUGCGGCGAGCCUCGCAGCUGGGAGGGAGAGCGGGUACGGUUUUGCCUCUGGCGGGUCUGUGUCAGCCCUCUGCCCUGGUGGCUUCGUUAGCAGUGAGAGUUUGACUCCUGUGUUCCCAGCUUUUGCUUCUGCACUGACCGUGUGGCAGAGCCCGCAAGCUGCUUCCUCAGCUGGAAGAGGAAGAGGAGUGACCUCAACUGUGCCGAGAUAUGGGUAUUCUUGCUGUACUUGCCCUACCAUUGGUUAUUCUAGGGAUCAGUGGAAUUAUUUAUAUUUACCAGUCAGUCAUAUGGCUACUGUCCCGGUCAGCAGUACAAAACAAGGUGGUGGUGAUCACAGAUGCCAUCUCUCGACUAGGCAAUGAGUGCUCCAGGUGUUUUCACGCAGGAGGAGCAAGGCUUGUGUUGUGUGGCAGGACAUGGGAGAAGUUGGAAGCCUUGUAUGAUGCUUUUAAUAGUGUGGCAGACCCCAGCAUGACUUAUACACCAAAGCUCAUUCUUCUGGAUAUCUCAGACAUAGACUGCAUUCAAGAUGUAGCUAGGGAAAUCCUGGAUUGCUAUGGAUGUGUGGAUGUACUGAUCAACAAUGCAAGUAUGAAGGUUAAAGGAGCAGUGCAGAGCAUUUCUUUGGAACUUGAUAAAAAGAUAAUGGAUGCCAACUAUUUUUGGACCCUAUAACAUUACCAAGCCAUUCUUCCCAAUAUGAUCUCAAGAAGAACUGGCCAAAUUGUUCUAAUUAAUAAUAUCCAAGGAAAAAUAGGAAUCCCAUUUCGUGCAGCUUAUGCUGCUUCUAAACAUGCUGCUGUAGGCUUUUUUGAUUGUCUUAGAGCUGAAAUGGAAGAAUUUGAUAUUUCUGUCAGCACUGUGAAUCCAACAUUCAUCUAUUCAUACCAUCAUCAACCAGUAUCUGGCAAUUGGGAGGCAUCAAUUUGGAAAUUCUUUUUCAGAAAGGUGGAAUAUGGUGUGCAUCCAGUGGAGGUGGCAGAAGAAGUCUUGCGCACAGUGAAUAGUAAGAAGCAGGAGGUACUUAUGGCCAACCCUAUCCCCAGAGCAGCAGUUUACAUUCGCACCUUCUUCCCUGAGCUGUUCUUUGCCAUUGUUGCCUCAGGGAUUAGGGAAAAGAUGAAGACAGAAGAGGACAUUUGAUUUUGUUCAUCUCUUGUCCCUGCUUAUGACCUGAAUAAAAUUUAUGUUUCAAAUGUCAAUGCUUUCUGCUACUAUUAUGGGUGGAGUAAAGCAAGAGACUGCU